UACAUUUCCCAGAAUCCAUUGCAUUAUAGUUUGGAUUGGCCGGUUAAGCCCUCCGCCUACCGAGGUUGUGUCAGACAAAGGGGCCAGCUGGGGAGAUAAUAAACCGACUCCACGCUGGACAUGCAUUUUCCAUCAAAUCAUUUUUUUUUAGUUUUGUUUUCUUGACGAACAUUCGCUUAGGUAUUUACAGUUCGUUAUGACAGAAGUUACGGCAGCUAUUUUAUGUGGACCUAAUUAUCUCAAGAAACUAUCGACAAGUCUCUAAAGAUUUUGGAACAGUACAAACAGACAAGCAGGACAAACAGUACAAACAGUUUAGAUUCACACUAGAAGCUACCACUGUAUGGGCAUGCUCUAUAUAUUGACGUAGAAGAGUGGGCUCAAUUAAUAUGAAGACAUAGUAAAUGGUUAAGUAGUUAUGACACCUCGUGUGAGCUACAUAGUUAAUUUCUUUAUAGUUUUUUUGCCACACUGUGUCUAUUAGAAGUUGCGUGUAACAGUUACCUGUUCAUGUUAAUGUAUAUUCAUAGCAUAUACUUUUUGUGACAAUGUAACUUGUUAGUUUAUGUAUCUGUCAAGUAAUAAUCAUGACAGAGGAAUGGAAUCAUCUAGGUGUGGAACAGAGGAGAAUUUGUGGACUGGAAGUGCAGAAUAAUGUUAUGGAUGGUACUGUUUUGCCGUCACAUGAUAGAUUAGUAGUAGAACCGUUGUGGAAUAGCGGCGUUAAGGAAAGAACAAAUUGGUACCGUAGGAGGAGGCAGAGAUCCAGAAUUAUCCGCCAGGCUUGGCCCAGGAGCUCCAACUCCUACACCGAUCCUGGGCAGGGACCCAGUAGCAGAAUCUUGUGCAGGGACAGGAUGAGGAACAUCAAGUUCACAGAAGAGGAGAAUGAUGUGUUAGUCACUAAAGUACUGGAAAAUUAUCCCAAACUCUAUGGGGAUGAUGCAACAAGGACUUCAAGCUCGGAGAAGAAACGGAUCUGGCGUGGCAUUUUGGAGUCCAUAAAUUGUCUUGGAGUGAGUGUACGCAAUAUGGACACUUGCAAGAAGAGAUUUACAGAUUGCAAGCGUUUUGUGAGAGCUAAAAUGAGCAAGCACUGGCAGCAUACCACAACAGGUCCUGCCCUGAAUGUCUACUACACUGAUUGGGAGGAGAAAAUAAAGGCCAUUAUAUGUCCGCUUGGUGAAGGUAUUCCAGGUCUCAUCGAUUCUGCUGACCCUUACACGUAUGACUGUCCAGGCCAGUGGUCUCCCCACGGGAACGCCUCACCAGAGGCUCAGUUGUCUCCUGAAGAAAGUGCAACCCCAGAGGCACAAUUUUAUCCCGACACUCAAGAGUCUGAAGACCAUGGAUUGCAGACAGAAGAUGCCGAAUUAGACUCUUUUAAAGAACACACUGUGGUGAGUGUGAAGGAGGAAGCUGGGGACAGCGAAGUAGAGAUACCACAGUUAGGAGACUUUCAUCCAAAUCCGGACAGCCUUACACCUGAAGAGCAUUUAGCCGAGCCACCUUCUGAGGGUGAAGACCUUCCAGAAAUGGACCAGCUUCUUUAUCAGAGCCAGGUAGCUUUUAGACAAACUUUGAGGCAGCAGCUCCAUGCUGUUCGCCAAGAACUUCGGGAAUUUAGACGUGAUCACGUGGAAAGAAUGGACCUGUUGCUUACUCUUCAUAGAGAACACAUAGCUGUAGAGGAGCAGAGAAAUCAGAUACUUUCUCAGUUGGUCAGCACUGUAAAUAGAUUAGCAACCAAACUAAGUACUGAAGAUACAGGCGAAGACGGGCAAUAUUUACAACCCCCGUUGACUUCCACGUCUCCAUGCAUGGGAGAAAACACUUCUAAUAGGACAAAUACACCUGAUCUGCAAAUUCCACAAAAUGCGUCGAGUCAGGAAAAUGAAGAUCUAAGGCUGAACCGUAGAAGUAAGCGUACCAUUCACCAUGGACCUGUUACCACUAAGAGAAGAAAAUAAAUGUUUAUUUUAUUUUA